AUGCUUAAAUUUUGUCUAUUAAUUGGACUAUCUAUUGCUUCUCAAGGAAUAAUGGAUUAUUACAAUAUCACUCCUUUUCUAUUUAGCCUAAAAGAAAAUUCUACUUUUGUUAUUAAUCUUGAGAGAAAUGGAAGUUCUCAAAAUCCUUUUGUGUCUUAUUCACAUAAUUUGUCAAUGAUUGUAUUUUAUUUAUGCUCAGUAGUAUUUUGUCAUUCAUGUUUUAUUUGGUAUGAACCUUUUUAUUCAACUACAUUAAUUACUUUUUUGACUAUAAUAUAUUUCUGUAUGAUUCAUAAACUUGUUCAUUUAUUUGAUAAUACUCCUAUAAUUCCUAUUGGUUUGUUUAUCCUUAAUUUAUGGUAUGUGAUGUGCUUUGCUACUAACCAAAACAAUUCAGUUUCAUUGUUUCUACAUAUGGAAAAUGGAAUAUUAUCAUUAUUAAGUUUUUUUGCAUUAAAAGUUUCAAGAAUUGAUAGGAUUAUUGGAUUAACCUUUUUAAUUGGAGAGAUUCUAAUUACUUUAAUAUGUUAUUCUCUUGGAAAAAGAAAGGUUAACAAAUUCCGUAUUUCUAUGUAUGGUUCUAAACCAUGUGAAUUAUCUUUAUUUAGAUUAAUAGGAUUUGUUCAAAUUCAAUGUGUUAAUAUUAUUUUUAUUAUUUUGAAUGGGAUUUGUUGUAUAUUUUCAUUAUUUACUGAAAAAUUAGCAUUACAAUACUUUCAUAUUCUUGUUAAUUUUUUAUUUAUUGGGUUUAUACUCUCAAUAAUUAAAUACUUCAAUAGAGAUGGAAUGAUAGAGUCUGAACUAACAAAAAUUCAAUUGGUUAAUGGAAGGUAA